AUGUUGGUUCACAGUACGCAGGCUAUUGUAGUAUGAAUAUCAUUUAGUUGUCAAAACGAACCGCGUAAAUUUCGUAAUUUUUACCUGCUGUAGCUUUUGUGUCUAUAUAAAAAAAAGGGAUCAAACUAGUUUUUAUACUGUGCUCAAAGGUAGUGUCGUCUCACGUGUUGUCACCGUUUUUCGGUUCAAUUAAAUGAAAAAACCAUGCCAGCCAAACGAAAUAACUUGAGUGCAAGCGGAAAUUCGCUGUUAAAUUAUUUCACUCGUAGUCCGACGACACCGAAAUCAGACAGACCAGCAGCAAAUCCAAUGCCGAGUCCAUUGACAGCAAAACCAAGCACACCAACAUCAUCAAAAACUGGCGCAUCAGCGCGCAAAGCAAAAGAGACUAAGAAGAGUCCAGCACCAAAGAAAUUGAAAAUCGAAUCGGAAGAUGAUGACGAUGAUGAAGAGGAAGUCAUCAAAUCCAAUGGAAAACGCAAAAUCUCACGCAUUAUUGAUUCGGACUCCGACUAUGAAUGCGACACAAACGAUGAAAAUGAGUCGGACAACAGUCAAAUAAUGGAUGUCGAUGACGUCAAACAACGCAGAAAGUCAGCUAACGGCAAACCGGCUGCAAAGAAAAAAAUCAAAUUGGAUACGGACACCGCAAAAACAUCUUUCAUGGAUAAACUAAAGGCAAACAUUGGUGAAUCGAGCGCAUUGUCUGAAGUUAAGGAAAACAACAAUACCGACAUUGCUGAUGUUCCGGUUGUUUGGCGGCAUCAGAAACUCGAUUUCUUGAAACCGGGCCAAAUUCUUGAUGCUACAAAAAAACGCCCAGAUGACCCGAACUACGAUCCAACAACUCUUUUUGUUCCGACGAGUUAUUUGGACUCUCUCACUCCGGGUAUGCGUCAGUGGUGGGUACUGAAAUCUCAGCACUUUGAUACGAUACUAUUCUUCAAAGUCGGUAAAUUCUAUGAGCUGUAUCACAUGGAUGCUGAGGUCGGCGUACGUGAAUUGGGUUUCACUUUCAUGAAAGGUGAAUAUGCACAUUCUGGCUUCCCGGAACAGGCGUUCAAUCGCAUGUCAACGAGUUUAGUGGAACGUGGCUACAAAGUCGCACGUAUCGAACAAACCGAAACACCAGCCGGAAUGGAAGAACGGACGAAGAAAAUGAAAAAGGCAACUAAAUUCGACAAAGUCGUAAGCCGUGAAGUUUGUCAAGUCAUCAACAAGGGAACACAAGUGUUUGGUCAACAGAUCGCAAUUUCAAAUGAAUUCAAACCAAACUACAUGUUGGCAAUUGCGGAAAAGGUUUCAUCGAAUGGUCGUCGUUUUGGUGUUGCUUUCAUCGACACAUCGAUUGGUGAAUUCAACAUUGGAGAAUUCGAUGACGACAAACAAUGCUCACGUUUGCUUACGUUGAUUUCGCACAAUCCGCCUGUUUUGGUGCUGAGCGAACGUGGCGCUGUUUCUAUAGAAUUGCAGCAAGUGUUCAAGGAAAUGUUGUCCAAUGCAUUGCGUGAGGUUCUUUUGCCGGACUCUCAGUUUUGGAACGCCGAAAAAACGCUGAAGCAACUCUCCGACAAGUAUUACGGCAUCGGGCAGGGCAAAGAGUGGCCGGAAGUGAUUCGCAUAACACAAAACAGCGGCGAUCAUCUCGGCUUGACAGCAAAUACCGACUAUCGGCUUGCAUUGAAGGCGCUCGGUGGCUGUUUAUGGUAUCUCACCAAGUGUGUCAUCGAUGAACAGAUUAUGGCGAUGGCUCACUUCACGCUCUACACUCCGCCGGAUGUGAAAAUCGACGAUUUGGAUCAACUCGCAGCUGAGGUGGCGAAGAAAAAUUUCAACAAACACAUGGUGCUCGACUCAAUCACAUUGUCGAACUUGAAAAUUGUCGGAGAUGAACGAUCACUUUUCAACACCUUGGAUCAGUGCUGCACGAAAUUUGGAAAACGAUUGCUGCAUUAUUGGAUCUGUUCGCCAAGCUGCGAACCAACGGUCAUCGUUGAGCGUCAACAGGCCAUCCAGGAAUUGAUGGACAAACGUGAUCAAUUGAGUGAUGCUCGCUCAAUUAUGGGUGCGUUACCUGAUUUAGAACGUCAACUGGCUCAAAUCCAUACGUUCGGUAAUAAAAAUCGCGCAUUCAACCAUCCAGACGGCCGAGCCGUGCUGUUUGAACAGAAAACAUACAACAAGAAAAAGAUUCAGGAUUUGGUGUCAACAAUCAAUGGAUUUGACGCUUUGGUCAAAAUUCCAAAGAUUUUCGCCGGUUUUACUUCGACACUUAUCAAGCGAUUGACACAAUUUGCGCCAAACGGAGAAUUCCCCGACUUCAAAGAAACAAUCACAUUCUUCAAGAAUGGAUUCGAUUUCGAUGAGGCGUUGAAAGAAGGUGUAAUUGCCCCGGGCAAGGGUGUUGACAGCGAAUAUGAUUCGAUUCAAAAACGAAUCGCUGAAAUCAAUGAAGAAUUGGCUGAGUAUUUGAAGAAGCAGGAGAAAUUCUUCGGUUGUCGCUUGCAGUAUGUCGGCAAGGAUAGGAAUCGAUUUGAAAUUGAGGUACCAGAAAAAGAGGUGAAGAAGGCAAACAACCGAUACCACUUAGAAGGCCAACGAAAGGGAAAGAAUGCUGCAAGUCGCUAUACAACAGAAGAAACACGUCAACUUCGCAAAGAAUUGAUGCAGGUCGAAGACGAACGAAACGUUGUGCUGAAGGAUUUGUUGCGGCGUAUGUUCGAAAAAUUCUCAACCGAAUACGACGUUUGGAAGAAAGUGAUCGAUUGCGUUUCCAUUCUGGACUGUUUGACCUCGUUCACGGUCUAUGGUCAGAAUCAAAGUCAAAUCUGCUUCCCAAAAAUUGUCGACAACAACAAUGGACCGGUGAUUGAAAUCGACGAAGGAAUUCACCCGUGUAUGAAGUUCACCGACGACUUCAUUCCGAACGGAAUCAGUUUGGGUGGUGAAACCACAGCGCCAUUGGCCAUUCUUACCGGCCCCAAUAUGGGUGGUAAAAGUACAUUGAUGCGACAAGUUGGUUUAUUGGUGAUUAUGUCACAAAUUGGCGCACCAAUACCAGCGGUUUCGGCAAAAAUUUCGCUAAUCGAUCGUAUUUUCACGAGAUUGGGAGCGCAAGACGAUAUUUUGGCUGGACAUUCCACGUUUUUGGUGGAAUUGAGUGAAACGUCGGCCAUUUUAAAACAUGCCACCGUAAACAGUUUGGUGUUGCUGGAUGAACUUGGUCGCGGUACAGCCACGUAUGAUGGAACUGCGAUUGCUGCGGCCGUUGUUGAUUUCUUGGCCAACUUGAAAUGCCGCACACUCUUCUCCACUCACUAUCACAAUCUGGUGGACAAUUUCCACAACGAUCAGCGUAUCACAUUGGGUCACAUGGCGUGCAUGGUUGAAUCGGAAGGUGACGACGAUCCAACCAAAGAAACGGUUACAUUCCUGUACAAGUACACAGAUGGUGCUUGCCCGAAAUCGUACGGUUUCAAUGCGGCAAAAUUGGCUGGCAUGCCGGCUAGCAUCAUCAAACGAGCUUAUGAGUAUUCAAAGAAGGUGGAAUUGAUCGCUUUGAAACGCAAACUCUUCUCGAAAGUAUUAACCAGCGGUGAUUUACAUGACAUUAAAGAGCUGUUACUCAAAAUCAAAAAAUGUGCUAUUUAAGUUUACGUUCAUGUUUAUUGUUCCAAUUCUCAUCUAUGGAUGAAUCAGUGUUUUUCAUGUCACAUACAUAGAAUCUCGUUCAGUUAACAGUGACUUUAAUUUUUUUAUUAUUAACAUAAAUACAUUUCUUGAACAUUCGAA